CGCAGGUGGCUGACACAGGAGAACUUUGCAGCUGGAGUGGAAGGAGUGCGGUCGGAGAGCGCCUUUCUCUCAGCAUCAUCUGCAGAUCCCACGUGUCUGAGCGGUCUUUUAAUCGCUUUGUUUUUAGCGAGCAGCUGUGCGCAUCAUGCAGAGUUGUGCGAAGUCUUGGGGGGUCCUGUGCAGAUCAGUAAGGCUCCAGGGCAGGACUGGAGGCUGCAGCAGGAGGGUUUUAUGGAAGCAAAUAGAAGGGUCUAGAUGGAACAGCAGCCGGGCUACGGUGGGGGCAACUUUAGCCUCACCCCCCAACUCUCCCCGGCAAAUUGAGCUCCUCUUCCCCAGACACGAUGACUUCUCAGAGAGACACAUAGGGCCAGGAGACAGGGAAAAGAGUGAAAUGUUGCAGACUGUGGGCGUGGAGAGUAUUGAUGAGCUGAUCGAUAACACUGUGCCUGCUAGCAUUCGACUGUUGAGACCUCUGAAGAUGGACGAUCAAGUUUGUGAAAAUGAGAUUCUUGUGCUGCUCCAGGACAUAGCAAGUAAAAACAAGAUAUGGAGGUCCUACAUUGGCAUGGGUUAUUACAACUGUUCAGUGCCUCAGGCCAUUUUGAGAAAUUUAUUGGAAAAUGCUGGCUGGGUCACGCAGUACACUCCUUAUCAGCCCGAGGUGUCUCAAGGCCGCUUGGAAAGUUUGCUGAAUUACCAAACCAUGGUGUGUGAUAUCACCGGGAUGGAUGUAGCCAAUGCAUCCUUACUGGAUGAGGGAACAGCGGCUGCCGAGGCCAUGCAGUUAAGCCACAGGCAUAAUAAGAGAAGAAAGUUCUAUGUAGAUAGUCGGUGCCAUCCACAAACUAUAGCUGUGGUACAGACUAGAGCCAAUUACAUAGGUGUCACCACGGAACUGAUGCUUCCUCAUGAGAUGGACUUCAGUGGGAAGGAUGUAAGUGGUGUGCUGUUUCAGUAUCCAGACACUGAAGGAAAGGUGGAGGAUUUUGCCCAGUUGGUUGACAGAGCUCAUCAAAAUGGGACGCUGGCAUGCUGUGCUACUGACCUCCUUGCCCUGUGCAUUCUGAGGCCUCCUGGGGAGUUUGGAGUGGACAUUGCACUGGGUAGUUCCCAAAGAUUUGGAGUGCCGCUCUGUUACGGUGGACCACAUGCAGCUUUUUUUGCUGUGAAGGAGAACCUAGUGCGGAUGAUGCCUGGAAGAAUGGUUGGGGUAACCAGGGAUGCUGCUGGAAAGGAAGUUUACCGCCUGGCUUUACAGACUAGAGAGCAACACAUUCGGAGGGACAAAGCCACAAGCAACAUAUGUACAGCGCAGGCACUUCUAGCAAACAUGGCUGCAAUGUUUUGUGUCUACCAUGGUCCAAAUGGGCUUAAACACAUAGCCCGGAGAGUUCAUAAUGCUACCCUAAUACUGGCAGAAGGUUUAAAGAGGGCUGGACAUCAACUGCAUCAUGACAUGUUCUUCGACACCGUGAAGAUUCUUUGUGGGUGUCCAGUAAGAGAGGUACUGGAUCGGGCCACCCAGCGUCAGAUUAACCUCCGGCCUUACAGCGAUGGUUCGCUUGGUGUUUCUCUUGAUGAAACUGUCACAGAGCGAGAUUUGGACGAUCUGUUAUGGGUGUUUGGUUGUGAAUCCUCAGCAGAGUUAGUUGCUGAAAAUAUGGGAGAAGAAACCAAAAGCAUCUUAGGAACUGCGUUUAAAAGAACAAGCAAAUUUCUAGCUCAUCAGGUGUUCAACAGUUAUCACUCUGAAACAAAUAUUGUCCGUUACAUGAAGCGUCUAGAAAAUAAAGAUAUUUCCCUAGUCCACAGUAUGAUUCCUCUAGGAUCUUGCACCAUGAAACUGAACAGCUCAUCUGAACUUGCACCGAUUACCUGGCCAGAGUUUGCCAAUUUACAUCCGUUUGUGCCAUUAGACCAGUCUCUGGGUUAUCAGCAGUUGUUCAAGGAGUUGGAGAAGGACCUGUGUGAAAUAACUGGAUAUGACAAAAUCUCGUUCCAGCCAAACAGUGGUGCACAGGGUGAAUAUGCUGGACUAGCUGCAAUCAAGGCUUAUCUCAAUGGGAAAGGGGAGCACCAUCGAACUGUUUGUCUCAUCCCCAAAUCUGCUCAUGGGACCAAUCCAGCAAGCGCUCAGAUGGCAGGAAUGAAAAUCCAGCCCGUGGAAGUAGAUAAAAAUGGAAGCAUUGACGUCGCUCACCUAAAAGCCAUGGCGAAUAAGCACAAGGAUAACUUGGCUGCCAUAAUGAUCACCUAUCCUUCGACUAAUGGCGUGUUUGAGGAAGACAUCAGAGAUGUGUGUGAUCUCGUCCAUAAAAACGGUGGCCAGGUGUAUUUGGAUGGGGCAAAUAUGAAUGCUCAGGUUGGCUUGUGUCGCCCAGGAGAUUAUGGUUCUGAUGUGUCCCACUUAAACCUUCACAAGACAUUCUGUAUUCCCCAUGGAGGUGGCGGUCCUGGCAUGGGGCCCAUAGGAGUAAAGAAGCAUCUCGCGCCAUAUCUGCCCAGCCACCCUGUCAUUGCUCUGGAUCAAGACAUUGAUGCUCGGCCACUGGGUACAAUAAGUGCUGCACCAUGGGGUUCCAGUGCCAUCCUUCCUAUUUCUUGGGCUUAUAUCAAGAUGAUGGGAGCAAAGGGACUCAAACACGCUACAGAGAUUGCUAUACUAAAUGCUAAUUAUAUGGCAAAGAGGCUUGAAAACCACUACAAGAUCUUAUUCAGAGGGGCUAGAGGUUAUGUAGCUCAUGAAUUCAUAGUUGACACAAGACCUUUCAAGAAAUCGGCAAAUAUUGAGGCUGUAGAUGUUGCUAAAAGAUUGCAAGAUUUUGGAUUCCAUGCCCCGACAAUGUCUUGGCCAGUGGCAGGAACCCUUAUGAUUGAGCCUACAGAGUCUGAGGACAAAGCUGAGAUGGACCGCUUCUGUGACGCCAUGAUCAGUAUCCGGCAGGAAAUAGCAGACAUUGAAGAAGGCAGAAUGGACUCCAGGAUUAAUCCGCUGAAGAUGUCUCCACACACGCUGAGCUGCAUUGCAUCCUCCAACUGGGAUCGUCCUUACUCAAGAGAGAUGGCUGCAUUCCCCUUGCCAUUUGUUAGGCCUGAGAACAAAUUCUGGCCCACAAUUGCUCGGAUAGAUGAUAUUUAUGGUGAUCAGCACUUGGUAUGCACCUGCCCUCCUAUGGAUGUAUACGAGUCCCCUUAUACAGAACAGAAGAGAGCUUCCUCCUAGUUUACAGACUUCUCCAAUGUACGGCAUGUCACUGCUGUUAAAGUACACAGCACAGCAACUUUAGAGGUUUUUUAUUGUGUAUUUAUAUGUAUAUAUUUUUCCUUUUUAAGCCAACUGUAUACUAUUGAGUAUUGCUGCUAAGCAAGUUUGUGAAUACAAUCAUUUACAUGGGAUGGAAGCAUUUGAAGUGAUGGAUUGCUAUACAGUGCCUCUGGACUCUUAAGAUAUUCCGUUUUUGGUUUAUGCUUUAUUUUUCUGUUUUGUAAUUUUUACCUUUUUAAAGUCAUAUGUCCUGUGGAUUUUAAUAGUUUCCUUUAUACUGUCUUAAACUUCUGAUGUCCAUUUUUUUAAAAAAAAUAUUGUGUGUAAUAUAAAGGAAUUUCUUUCCUAUUCUUAAAAGCAUUUGUAGCAGGAAUAAAAAAAAAAGGGUGAAUGUUUAUUAUUGCAUAUCUGUAUGAUGUAAUGUUUACAUAUACAUAUAAAGGAAACGAAAGUUUUACGGACAUGUUCCCUGUAGGACAGCCGUAUAUGUAAUGUUUUGUAGUUUUAUUUGUUAAAUUGAUUUUAUCAUUCCAAUAAAGACCAUUUUGGUUUUA